GUAGAGAGAGUGGUGAAUACCUAGGCUAGCUUACCAUUUCAAGCAUUUGUCGUUUGGACAAACCAGUCGUUCAAUAUAAACAAUAGUAUAGCAGUGACAUGAAACCGCACGUGUUUAUUAGUUGUGUUUCUUUCUGUUUUUACUUUUUCAUUAUUGUAUCUGGAGCGGGGUAUUCUGAACUAGACGAUACCCACUAUGUAGUGCUGAGCCCACCAACCAAUGUCACAGCACUCUUCAUCAACUCUACCGCUAUCACUGUGGCCUGGGACUCACCCCUGGUGUACAAACCCCACGAAGUGAACAUCACUGAGGUCAACGACACAGACACAUCAGAUAACUCAACAGAUGUCGGUAACUCUACCCAGUCAGCCAACACCACAGAUUCCAACAUCCCAUGGGUUGCAGUUGAAAGGCCAACCACAACAGCCGCGCCCACAACAACAGCCUCCCCCAACACAGUGGUCUGCCACAAGUACAGCCAUUACCAGGACUUUGGCAUGGAGAUCAUUAAGAGGCUGGGGUUGAGCAUAAUCAUGACCUUACGGGAUCUCAGAAUGAAAGAGGAAGAGCCUGUUGGGAAAAUGAAUAUUGUCAAGUUUGAGGAAGGCUGCAUUCAGAUGUUCACUGUCAAUUGGAAGGAAGUUGGUAACAACUCAGAAUGGCAAAAGGAAAAUGUCUCCUCUAGAGAAAAUACGUUAACUAUCAGCAACCUGAAACCAGACACAAAUUACACCAUCACAGUAACAGCCAUAUUUAGGAGCAAACCCUAUGAGUCUCAACCACCCUUCUUAUUUUCCACCAUGCCAGAUAAUAAUACUAAAGAAUGCCAUUGUGACCAGAUGGGCACCAGGUACGGCACCUCCUGUAAUUUGACCAACGUCAACAGUUUUUGUGAAUGCCAGACAGGAUACGCAGGCCGCUUCUGUGAUACGUGUGCGCCUGGUUUCUACAGGACCAGACCCCACUUCCCCUGCCAUAAAUGUCCUUGUGAUGUAUUUUCCACUGGCAAUGAUCAGACCUGUGAUUUUGAGGAAGGGUUCCUGAAGUGCAACAAAUGUGAGGUGGGCUACACCGGGAACUUGUGCCACAUUUGUGAUAAUGGUUACUAUAGAUAUGGCAGACGGUGUGCACCAUGUCGGUGUAAUGGCAAUGCUGCUAAAAACUCAAAGGAGAUGUGUCAUCCAGUAACAGGCAUGUGUUUUGGGUGCAUGUACAACACCUCUGGCUUUAACUGUGAGCGCUGUCUGGAUGGCUACGUGGGGGAUGCCAUUGCCAAAAAGAACUGCACCAAGACAUCUGACCUCAAGCUCGUGGUCAAAGGCAGCUCCUUCUCUGCCCAGACAGUUGGGAUCAUUGUGGGCAUUAUCUGCAUCCUUGUCCUGGCUACUCUGGGCUUCUUUUUGUUCAAGCGCUACCAGGCUAACGAGAGGAGGCGAGCUUUCUGGACCGUGGAGAUGAAACGGGACCAGGACGAUGUGGACUUUAACUCUGUCCACAACGACGACGCCCACCUGGGUGACGAGCCUGACCUCAGUUUCUACGGCAACGCAAGCAACAGGCCUAGCACUGGCAAGUAUGCUCGCUUGCAGGAAGAUGUGUAAGAUAAAAUGGCUUACAGGAAGAUAUGUAAGCUUUUUAAUAAAAAGGCUAACAAGAAAAUAAGUAAGAUGUAAUGAAAUAGCCACCUGCAUACGAGGUUAUACAUAAUCAGAUUGUUUAAACUUUGAAAAUACAAAAAAAAAACAAAUUUUCAUUCAUUCAUUUUUUCAUAGUUCAUUUGAAUAAUUCAUCUUUUGCAUUAACCAGAAAGUUGAAUCUCAUUCAAAACUUUUAAGUUUUUUUAUCCAAAACAAAUCUAAGCUUAUAUCUAAAUUCUACCUAGAGAAAAACACAAAAUACAUUUCUAUUUGGCUGUAAUCAUUUAGCUUACAAAUCACAGAUAAUAAUGUUUGUCAAAAUUGUAAUAAUGAAUCUCUAGUUCAUAUAGUUGUGUUUUUUUAAUCAAGGGAGAUCUCAUUCCAUUUUCUGUAUGUUUCUGUAUAUAUUUUUACCUAUAGAUUAUUUUAAUCCUUUUUUUUUUGUAUUGAACAUUCACUUGGUUGUUAUGUCUCAUACAAAUUUCCUAUUUUUGAGAAAAAAAUAUGAAAUGCUUUAAAUGUUGUUAAUUUUAAGUGAAAAUAAGUAAGUGUAGUAGGUCAAGCAGAUUUAAAUGAUUCUGUAUUGUCUAAAUGGUGUUGUUUAUAACAUAAUUUUUUAAUAUAAACUUCAUACAUUAAAUUGUAACUUUACUCUUUUUUUUUUAAAUGGCACCAAUAAUUUAAAUACAUGAUUUAAACAUAUAUUCAGUUUAUGAAAAAGAUGUUGUUUUUUUUUACCUGUAGUUUAGUAUCAUCCUUUUUAGCUGCAUGAGUAAAGCUGGCCAUAGUUUCACUUUCAUACUUUAUUUCUGAUUCAACUCA